AUAGGUCCUCAUUGAUUAAACUGUACAAAGGUCUGGCAUCUCACUGCACUGCCACAAGCCAAGAUGUUCCUCAUGGUUUGACUAAUUCUACAAAUGUUAAGGAAAAUCCAGCCCAGUCUAAUGAGACACUACAGACUUACGCAUCGGCACCAGACUCCAACACACCAGUCAUGCAUCUGGUUCCACAUGUGAAAAAGAGCAGACAAACUCCCAUAGAAGCUAUACAGCCAUUAAAGACAUCAGAAUGGGAAGCUGAAGGAAAAAAAACAUGACAGGUCAGAGAACUUAUCAGCGCCAGCUUCCUUCAGCAGGACAGACCAAGAAGUUAGUUCACUAGUGGCCCCACUACAAUCUAUUCCAGAGAUGGAAUAUGAAAGUAAUCCUUCAGUGCUUGAUAUAGAAAGAUCCAUAAGAACUUCAUCAAACAUUCUACCUGAUGGUACUUUUACAACCAAUUAUGAACAAUUUGAGUAUGGUGAUGAAAUUAUAGGUGUGUCCACCCCAUAUGAAGAAGAGACAUUUCAUAACAGACCUCUCUUUGAGUCAUGUUCUGCAGGUUCAUCUGAAUCUAGCCUUGAUAUUUGCUUUUUGAAGCCUAUCAACUUCACACUUGAAUCCAACAAAACUGAUCGUUCUCAGCAGCCCUUGGCAAGAAGUUGCAUUUCCCCUGUGAGUAACAGUAGCUAUCGCCAUGAAGGAAUCCAUGUGAAAAACAAACCUUUGAGUCGAUCUCUUAAGGAGUUCCCUCGCAAUCAAGAGGCAGUGGCUACCAGAUUAUACAGCACUAGAAGCACCAAUGCUAAUAGGAUGCAGUUCAAGCAGGAUCGAAGCACCCAGUACCAUCCUCUAUUAGCCUCAUCCCGCAUUCCCCACAGGCACUUUUAUAAUCCACAGAGGCCUCAUGUAGAUAGUAGAUCCCUGUUGGAGGAAAUUCAUAUGGACGGAAAUGCAAAAUUCUAUCAAAAAGAUGAAACUGAGCAAACAUCAUUCAGUGAUCACCAUCCCAGGUCAGAUCAAAAGGGAGGUUUCCGAAGCUCCUUCCGUAAGCUGUUUAAAAAGAAGUACUGUGGAGUAGACGGCAAGGAGAAGACAAGUGAGAAAUCAUCUAUAGACCAGUCUCCAACAAGGCAGGAGAUCUUCAGAGUUCACUCUGCUCUUAUCAAUGAGCUUGACCGUGGAACAGCUGUAUAG